ACAACGUGAGGCAGGUGCAGUUCCACCCAGGCUGAGCUGUCACAAGACUCGGCCAUUCUCUCCCUUUUCUUAUCUCCUUACUUUAGAUUUGUUUUCUAUUAAUACAGAGAUCUUAGCAUUAGGUUGAUUUUUUUCUUUUCUAGUAGCUCCGAAUCCGAUUUUGUCAGGUUUUUUCUGAGUUUUUCCACCUUGAUGACCACACGCUGAGAGCUGUUUUAUCACAGAUGGCGACCCCCAGCUGUUCGGACAACGUCCUGAAGUUUAUCUGUGAGUUCCAGCAGGAAUCUGGCCCCCUGCGGGAGCGUGGCCACGGAGGCGACGGCGUCUGUGUGGAUGAUGAGUCGCUGUGUGUUUUUCUUCCUGCACAGUGCAGCGUCCACCAGCUCCGUGCACACAUCUGCAUGCAAGCCCAGGAACAGAAUUGCCACCCGGACCCGUUGGCAAUACUGGAUCCCAAGCAGCACACCCUGCUGUAUCACCGAGGGGACGACUGGUACGAGGCCUAUGACGACUGUCAGGUUGUCGGGACUUUAGACAUCCCAUGGUCCCGGGACGAGUCUCAGGCUCUCCUGGCGCACGUCGUCGUCAAAGCCCGUGCGACUGUAGAUUCAGAGGAAAAGAGGAGACAGCAGAAGUGUUUGACGUACCUCAUUGGUCACGACCUGGAGACGGAAGCCUCCGACAGACUCGGGGAGCUCACGUUCACCCGCAGGAAACUGGCGUCUGUGAGAAAGCAAGAGAUAAGGGACCGGGUGGAGGUGGCGUACGCCACAGAGCCCUGGAUAACACGUGCCCCGGUCCCGGACGAUCUUCAGGACUGGCUCCACAGAAAGCUUCCUGUCACCUUCCACUACAUGAACAAGAUCAGCUUCAGCGUGCAGGUGGACUUGAACGCCACACCGGAUAUUCUUCUUCAAGUUUUCCAACGGGUGAUUGCGGACCAGAUGCUCGAAUGUGACACCUCCGGUGGUCUGGUGUUGAAAGUUUCUGGCCGGGAGGAGUUUGUCUCCGGCGAGCACAGGCUCUUUGAAUUCCUGUGGGUUCGGCAGUGUCUGAGGGCCAGUCAGGACCUCCACCUGUCCGUGGUUCCUCUGUCCCACCUCCCAUCGGAGGCUGUCAGGUUUCUGGACUGGCCGCUGGUUGACGGUUUCAGUGGGCAGUUUAGGUCCCACAACGAUCUCCGUCUCCAAGGGAAGGACUUGGACGACAUCUUCAUGAUAUCCUUGUGGGACUGCAACAGACGGUUCAGAGUCAAGUUGUUUGGCUUCGAUAUUCCAAAAAUACCAAGCAAAUGCCCCCAGGCUGUUUACGUCGAGGCGUCCUUGCUUUACGGCAAUAAGGUGCUCUCAUCGGUUUUCUCUGCUCCAAAGCCCUUUGCGGAUGAGGUGCUGUGGAACGAAUGGCUGGACUUUGAGGUUCUCCUCAGCGAUUUGCCUCGAGGAGUCAAGCUGGGUCUUACUAUUAAUACAUCUACAAGUGAUAUCUCCCCAACAGCCAAAGAGCCAAAGCAAACAUCGUCCAGAGGUGGAAAAGCGCCAUCAUUUUCAGUCAACAAGUCUUCAGAGCCACAGAAAGGGAGAGGAAAGGUGCUCUACUUCGUCAAUCUUCUCCUCAUAGAUCACAGAUCUGUUCUCAGCCAGGGUCCCCACACCUUGCACAUGUGGUCGUACCCUGAUGUGGAGGAAGGGGCCGUUACCUACCAGGCAGACAAGCUGUCCUCUGCCACUAACCCGGAUCUGGCAAAUUCCAUGGCUAUCAGCAUCUUUCUUGACCGUUACAGUUUCCCCGUCGUCCUGCCAAACACUUUCAGCCACAACGACAACCCUGACCUUUCCCCGGCCCGGGAACCGUCCCCCUCCCCCUGGACUCACUCGUCCACGUCGGAUUCUUCUUCCCUGCUUGUGGAAUCUCGUCAGGAUCCAUCAGCUGAUGCAACCCACCUCACAUCCCCAUCAACGGCGCUCCACACCAAGAGGGCUUGCCUCACUCGGUUCCGGCAGGAGAGCGUCCAGUACGCCUCCAACCUGCCGCGCUUCCUGCGCAGCGUUGACUGGAUGGACCGCAGAGUGGUUGAGGACGUCCAUUGGCUGCUGGGGAACUGGGACCCAAGGGAGCUGGAUUUGACCGUGGCCCUGGAGCUGUUGAGCAUGGACUUUGCUGAUGAGCGGGUCAGACGGCUGGCGGUUCAGAGGCUGGAGGGCCUGUCCAAUGACGACGUACUGAAGUAUCUGCUGCAGCUGGUGCAGACCCUGAAAGUGGAACCUUACCAUGACAGUUUCCUUGCUCGGUAUCUCAUCCAAAGAGCUCUGCGGAGUAAGAGGAUCGGACACUUCUUCUUCUGGUACGUGCGCAGUGAGGUGGCGGGGUGCCCCUACUUUCGCCAGCGCAUGGCCUUGAUUUUGGAGGCCUACCUGCUGGGCUGUGGCCAGGCCAUGAUCGACAGCUUCUUCCAGCAGGUCCAAGCCGUGAACGUCCUGCAGGAGGUUGCUGUAAACAUUAAGGAGCUUUACCCAGAUAAAACUGACCUCCCGUCAGCAGCUCCACUCAGGCUGAGGGAACUACUCAGUCAGAAGAAACUGCCGACUGAAUUCUUGCUGCCGUUUGACCCCCGCGUAAAAGCUGGAGGGAUCCUGCUGGACAAAUGCAAAGUGAUGGCCAGCAAGAAGAAGCCGCUGUGGCUGGAGUUUUCCCCGAUGCCGUCGCCCUCCUCCUCCACACCUGUCGGAAUAAUCUUCAAAGAAGGGGACGACCUCAGGCAGGACAUGCUGGUCAUUCAGACACUGGUGUUUAUGGACUCCAUCUGGCAGGAACAAUCUCUGGACCUUAACCUUUUGCCCUAUGGCUGCAUCUCCACAGGACACAACAUAGGUAUGAUAGAAAUUGUGAGAAAUGCAGCAACAAUUGCUGCAAUCCAGAGGAGCCACGGAGGGACGACCGCGGCCUUUAGAAACGAUGCCCUGUUCGAGUGGCUGAAGUCCAAGUGCCCGCUUCAGGAAAUACACUUCAGGACGGUGGAGCGGUUUGUGAAGUCCUGCGCCGGCUACUGCGUGGCCACCUACGUCCUGGGAAUAGGAGACCGGCACAACGACAACAUCAUGAUCACAAACCAAGGGAACCUGUUUCACAUCGACUUUGGUCACAUCCUGGGCAACAGGAAGCACUUCCUGGGCUUUAACCGGGAGCGGGUGCCGUUCGUCCUGACACCCGACUUUCUGUACGUCAUGGGGAGGGUCAAAGGUCGGAACAGCCUGUACUUCCAGCGAUUCCUGGACACCUGCACCCGGGCCUACCUGUCCCUGCGGGCCCACUCCCACCUGCUGGUCACGCUCUUCUCCCUCAUGCUGCUCACGGGCAUCCCGGAGCUGAGCGCCGCCGAGGACAUGCGCUACCUGCGGGGGGCGCUGCAGGAGGAGCAGAGCCCGGCCGAGGCCCGCCAGCACUUCCUCCAGCAGGUGUCCGCGUGCGAGGACCGGGGCUGGACCGUGCAGGCCAACUGGUGGAUCCACAUGAUGGCCGGCAUCAAGUAGACUCCUCGGUCUGGGCCCCCAACGGGGAUCAAAUGUUUGUUUUUCUUGGAUUGAGGAAGCCAUUUGUUUUUCUCUGUUUACCUUAGAGACUUCUUUUUUUUUUCCUCUCUUAAACAUUACGUCAAACUGCAGAUAUGUAGCCUCAACCCUCUCUGAAAUCUACAUAUAAUAGGAAUUAAAGGAAAUAGGGGAAAUCCUAACACCUCACAGAACACGGUAAAAAAGGAAAUAGGUCAUUUAUGCAUGAUUGUUAAAAAAAAUAAGUAUCAUUUUUUUCUGUAGGCCUUCAAUAAAUUGCAGCAUUCUGAAAAUGC